AUGAAGACUCCACUGAACUCUGAGGAUGAGUUAGACGAGGUUGAGUUAGAUGAGGUGUUUCCGGUAUUUAGGGAAGGAGAAAGGUUUGGUGAGCUUAAACUAAAGGUUGUGAUGAAAUUUAAUUCGAAGAUGGAAUUCAAGGAAGCUGUUCGUGAGUACUGUAUCCAGGAGGGAAGGCGGAUCUGGUGGAAGAAGAAUGACAAUUUAAGGAUGAGGGCUGUUUGUAAGGGAGAGGAGUGUGGCUGGGUAGUAUAUGCUUCCAUGGACAGUGAGGGUAACUGCUGGCAGAUCAAGACAUUUAUGGAUGAUCACACUUGUCCUAGAGAGACUAAGAACAGGCUAGCUAACAGGAAGUGGCUGGGUUGCAAACUGGUUAGGAAAUUAAGAAAAUAUCCCAACCUUAGACAUUGUGAAGCUGCCCAGUACUUUAAGAGCAAGUGCAACUUGGACUUCAACAAGUCUUCACUGACAAGGGCUCUAGGGGAUGCUAGGACCAUAGUUUAUGGAGAUGCUGCUACCCAGUAUGGUAUGGUUAGGGAUUACGGGUUGACAUUACUGAAAACUAAUCUUGGCUCCACUGUUAGUAUUGGUGUUACAGCUCAUCCCAAUCCUGAUGAAGAUCCAACUUUUGAUAGGAUGUACAUUUGCCUUGAUGGGUGUAAAAGAGGGUUCAAGGCUGGCUGUAGACCACUUAUAGGGUUGGACGGAGCAUUUCUAAAAACAAAACAUGGUGGUCAAAUCCUCUCUGCAAUUGGUCAAGACGCAAACAAUCACAUUUAUGUGAUUGCUUAUGCAAUAGUGUCCAUCGAAAACACAGAGAAUUGGUGA